AUGGUGCUGUUGCAGACCCUGUGGACCUUCAUCCUGGGACACGCCCCCCUCCUGCACUCGCCCCUCUUCCCGGUCCUCUUCUCCUUGUCCCUGUACCUGUCCUUCUGUCUGCCCUUCCUGCUGCUGGACCUGCUGGCCCCCAGACUGGUUCUGGUGCGCCGGUUCAAGCUGCAGCCUCAGAGUUCUGUCAGCUGGUCGUCGGCCGGGAGCUGCCUGGUCCUGACCCUCUACAACCACCUGAUCUUCAUCCUCCCGCUCACGGUUCUGAACUGCUACCUGAGACCGGUCCAGCUGCCUGAACAGGCGCCCCCUCUGCCCCGCCUGCUGGCUCAGGUCCUGGUCUGCCUGUUGCUCUUCGACUUCCAGAGCUUCACCUGGCACCUGGUGCACCACAAGGUGCCGUGGCUCUACCGCACUGUCCACAAGCUGCACCACACCUACUCCUCCACCUGGGCCCUGAGCACGGAGUACUCGGAGGUCUGGGAGACCCUGAGUCUGGGCCUGUUCGCUGCAGCCAGCCCGGUCCUGCUGGGCUGCCACCCCCUCACCCAGAUGUCCUUCUUCGUCCUCAACAUCUGGCUCUCGGUGGAGGCCCACUGCGGCUACGACCUGCCCUGGGCCACGCACCGCCUGGUGCCGCUGGGCCUGUACGGGGGCGCACGGCACCACGACCUGCACCACCUCCGGUCCAGGUACAACUUCGCCCCCUACUUCACCCACUGGGACCGGCUGUUCGGGACCCUGUGCACGCAGGCCUGA